GCCUUGGGCGGAGAGAGCUCCGGCCUUUCAGGCCUCCCCUGGCCUUGCUCGCCGAGGUCUGUCCUCUGCCAGGGUAAGGGAACUGUCCCUGCCGCCUGGCAGAGCUGCAGAGCAAGUCUGGGCGCCUCCGCGUCAGCAGCGAGCCCGGCUCGGCGACGUCCCUCUCCCGCCGCUAUGAGCCUGCUGGCCCCCUGGGCCCGAGGGCCCAGCCGCCUCCUGCGCUGCCAGCGGGCCCUGCUCGCCUCCGGCGUCCGCGGUCGGGGAGCCGCCGGGCCCGGGCAGCCUCAGCCCGAACAGCAGCUCACCAUCCGCCGGCAGCAGGAUGGCAUCAGGACCAUUAUCUUGAAUAAUCCAAAGAAAAGAAAUGCUCUGUCAUUGCGUAUGCUGAAAUCUCUCCAAAAUGACAUUCUCCAUGAUGCUGAAAGCAAAGAUCUAAGAGUCAUUAUCAUUUCAGCUGAAGGGCCUGUGUUUUCCUCUGGCCAUGAUUUAAAGGAAUUAACUGAACAGCAAGGCCAGGAUUAUCAUGCUGAAGUAUUUCAGACGUGUGCUGAGGUCAUGAUGUUAAUCCAGAAACAUCCUGUCCCCAUCAUUGCCAAAGUGAAUGGUUUAGCCACUGCUGCAGGUUGUCAGCUGGUUGCAAGUUGUGACAUUGCCCUGGCAAGUGAGAAAUCUUAUUUUGCAACUCCUGGUGUGAACAUUGGACUCUUCUGCUCCACUCCAGCAGUUGCCCUGGGAAGAGCAGUUCCUAAAAAGGUUGCCUUAGAAAUGCUGUUUACUGGAGAACCCAUCACAGCCCAGGAAGCGUUACUUCAUGGGCUGCUCAGCAAAGUGGUUCCAGAAGAGAAACUGGAGGAGGAGACCAUGAAAAUAGCCCAAAAGAUCUGUACAAUGAGCCGGUCUGUUGUGGCAGUGGGCAAGGCUACCUUCUACAGGCAGCUGACGCAAGACCUGAAGAUUGCCUACCAUCUCACGUCCCAAGCCAUGGUGGAUAAUUUGGCCACUCAGGAUGGAAAAGAGGGAAUCACAGCCUUUAUCCAGAAGCGCAAACCUGUAUGGUCACACUCUUAGGUUAGAGGUGUCCAGAAGAAACAAAGCCAGCCCAAGAAAGCCCAAACCUCUUUAAAUGAUUACAUAAAGAUACCUUUUGGGGGGGGAAUUUUUUUCUUAUUAUCUGCAGUGCCUUGUAUAUAAGCUUAUGGGUUUGAUUUUAGAGCUGGAGCCUUAGAAGUUUCACUGUGGAGUUCCCGCCUUCCCCACCCCACAUCUGUCUCAAGUCCCCAAGCACAAAGAUUCAUUCAUUGUCUUAGGAGAUCAAGGAUAUUAUUGGGAAAAGGUGAAAUUUGAAAUUUCCAAGCUGAAAUUAGCCCGACUUCAAUUUAUUUCAUCUUAAAGAUUCUAAUUCCAUGAGAUACAACAUACAAAGAGAUAAUAAAAGUGAAAUAUUAUUCGGAAUAGCAAAAUGUGAUGAAAGGUUAUUGAAUACCUGCUAGUUCUUCUGCAAAGUAUGGUAUUUGAUAUAGUUCAAAGGAAUUUGGAUGAGCAAAGAAAGGCAAUAAUCUAAGGAAAGGAUGAAAGUCCUUUUUCUUUUUAAAGAAAGAUGCACAGUCCUGUUGUAAUUAUGUAAGAUUGAGUUGACUAGUCAUCUUUAGAUAUGAAAUAAAAUGAAACAGUUUGACAGUGUCCCUGAGCUAAGAUGCCAGAGGUGCUAGAAAUCUUCACUCUGAAAGUUUCUUUUAUUCCAUUGAGAACAAGACUUGAUCUCUCCCUUUUCUCCCAGUAUCUCUCUCCCAUCUUUCAGAUUUAAAAUGCAACAGGCACUUGAGCUUUAAAAUCCAAUAAAAAUCAACUUUACUAAUAAAAUAACAAGAUUUCUUUAAAAAUUAAAAAAAAAAAAAAAGAUGCAAAAUGUUCCUUUCCUAAGAUCCUAUAGCAAGAGAAAGGAUAUCUCCAAUGGUUAGGGACCCAGGACUGGAAUUUCUAAUACAAAAUCCCCCAGGCUAAGCUUUUUGUACUUCAAAAGGCAGAAAUGCCCCUUCUCUCUUUUUAAAGGGCCAGUCUUGUUCACCUGAGGCUAGGUGCCUCCUAGCAUAUACAGUAUUAAUCAGGACUACCUAUUAAAAAAAGGGGGCAAGUAGGUGGCAGAAAGGAUAGAGACAGGAGAACCUAAAUUUAAAUGUAACUUCAGACACUCAGCUAUGUGACCCUGGGCAAGACUCUUAACCCUUGUUGGCCUUAUAUCCUCAUCAGUAAAAUGAGCUCAAAAAAGGAGAUAGAAAAUGACUCCAAUUGCUUUGCCAAGAAAACCCCAAAUGGGCUCAUGAAGAAUCAAACACAAGUGAAAAAUUACUGAAUAAAAGAGAAGUAGGAAUAGUAAGGCUGGUAAUAUGAGUGAAACACUAUCCUAACCCAGCCCUCCCUGCUUUCCAGCUCUAAAUCAGGACAGCUCUUUACCACUACUGAAUUAAUGAGGCUUGGAUGAUCGGUUUUCUUGUUGUAUAUGUGGAACUCCCUUCACACAAGUUACAUCUCAUAUAAAUUUUAAAAUUCCCCCAGCUCACAGUUUUGUAAUUUU